UUGAAUUGGUUCUUUCUUGGCCCAUGUCCCACCUACCUCCAGCAAGUGUUGUGGAAAUCCAAGCUCAAGUUUUUGCUUACAAACAAACAAACCGACAAACAUUUCAACCUCAACCAUAGAGAAUCCCUGAGUGACACUUAACUGCAGUGCACAGUGUCGUCCAGACGAGGUCACUGUGCAUCAAGGGUUUUUUCUAGCAGCUGCUUCUCGUGAGCAACACAAACUUUUCUUGAACUCAGAGACUCAAACUUUGCAGAAACACUGUUUUGAUUAUUACUGCUGUAUUCCUGAAGCUGCUUCAUUAUUACUCUGAUCUCACCAGGUAGACAGCCUCUUUACCUGUUUGUAUUUGAUUGUAAACCAGUUGCCUGAGGUUUAAACACACAGGAGUCCUACUGUAUCCCUCAUUCAGAGCUGUGUCUGUGUCUAUUCAUAGCCCUCGUCAUUUGUUGUCUGUCUUUGCUGAUGGACACAGUUGUCCCUUGGCAGCAGCGAGCGAGGGACCUUGAUUAUACUGGAGCCACCUGCUGUCCUCAUGUUGUGCACAGGCAUGUUGCAGCACAGCUUCGUCCACUCCGGGACGAGACAGACGCGGGACAUUCUCACACAGGCUUUAAGACUCGUUUCAUGGUCCUUUAAGGCCACGAUUAUAAUCUGAGCUCCAGAAGAUUUAUAGCGACACUGAAACAUAACGCCCAGAAGAUAACGUGUGAUCUACAGCAGAAUAACGUCCGAGGCUUCAUCCUAAGGAGGUGGCUGUUAAAUUGGGAUUCUCGCAUGCACCUGUCUCUCUUUGUCACUUAUCUCAUCCUCUGAAAAUUGCAUAUGUCCUUUUCCACUGAUAACUCAAGGCGUGAUAACAUACAUUCUCGACGUCGGCGUUUAAAUGUUGCCUCGUGGGUGCAAUUACGUUUUAAUCCUCUCGGUGCUGAAAGCAGAAAGCCUCCGAUUGCAAGAAUGUUUUCAUUACAUUUCAAAAUGGCGACGAGGUCGGAGCAGUAAAGCUCAUCUUGCACGUCAUUGUUCUUACUGAGGGUUUUUUAUGACCCCUGUGUCUCUUCAAACUGUUUUUUUGUUUGCAGGGAAAACUUUAGAUAAAUAAUAAUAACAGAUUCAUUUUGGCAAACAUCGGGGCUUCUCCUUACGUACAGAUAGAUUCACACAUUUCAAUUUACACUUACAGUCAUUUAUUUUGACUCAAAAAUAACCUUUGUCUGUUGGUGUGAAUACCUUGAAUGUCCCUGGCUCAGGAUAUUCAGGGUAUUAGCUCAAUUUGGAAAAUGUGACAGCUGCAACUUCCCAUCAUUAGAAUCCUCGCUGGCUCUUACGCACUUAAGAGAUCGCAAUUUGCGUCGUUAAUGGAAGUUCAUAAUCACUGCCUGCUCUUCAGCGGUGGCUAUUAAACCGUCACGAUGGAUUAGCAAGUUCCCGAAACCGCGGCUACAGUUGGAUGAUUCAUCGACGGCCCACGUACGUCACUGGAACGAUCUACGAUUUGUGUAGCAGUUGUGUUGCGUUAUUUUUUCUCUAUUUUUCUGCUCGGGAAUUUCUGCCUCUUGUCUGCGCAGGCGGCUCCUGAGGCCUUUAAAAGAAUGGAUUGUUAUUUGUUCUUGUUUUGUGGGACUGGAAAGCACAAGUGUGUGUGUGUGUGUGUGCAUCUGUGGUGAGUCUGAAAUAGUCUCUCAUCUUGUCCUUACAAAGGAAUGAGGAGCCCUGUAGGGUCAGAGUCGACAGCAGGGGGUCUUUAGGGGAUAAGUGGGGGUGUAUGUGACCGACAAGACUUGGUGAAGGAGAAAAUAGACCACUCCAUCUGUCUCAAAUCCGCCCUGCUGCUGACCCGCACUCUGGAGACUGUGGUCAGCUCCACGGUCACAUGGUGAUGGCGAAAGCCUUAAAACCCCCCGAGCUACAAACCCGAGACCCCAGUCAUCUCUGAAACACCAGCUGGUCUUGGAGUUCCUCCUGCCUUCUCUUGCCUGGACAGCUUCCGAGGUCCCAUCAUGUCCGACACUGAGGAAUUUGUGGAGGAGAAUGAACAGGAGGAGGAAGAAGAAGAAGAAGAGGAGGUGAAUGAGGAAGAAGAAGAGGAGCAGACGGAUGAUGAAGCAGAGAAGAAAGAGGAGCACGCAGAGGGGAACGAGCAUGAAGAAGAGUCUAAACCCAGACCCAAGACGACUUAUGUGCCAAACAUUGCUCCUCCAAAGCUCCCUGAUGGUGAGAAGGUGGAUUUCGACGACCUCCACCGCAAGAGAGUAGAGAAGGAUUUCAACGACCUCCAGACGCUGAUCGAGGUGCACUUCUCCAACCGGCAGAAGGAGGAGGAGGAACUGUUGGCGCUGCGUAGCCGAAUUGAGCACCGCCGCUCUGAGAGGGCCGAGCAGCAACGCGUCCGCACCGAGAAGGACCGUGAGCGCCAAACGCGGCUGGUCGAGGAGAGGACCAGGCGUGAGGACGAGGCCGCCAAACUGCGCGCCGACGAAGAGGCCAAGAAGAAGAAGAUAUUCACCAACAAGUCCUUUGGAGGCUACCUGCAGAAGGUGGACCAGAAGAAGGGCAAGAAGCUGACGGCGCGGGAGGAGAAGAAGAAGGCCUUGUUGGAGCGCAAGAAGCCGCUCAACAUCGACCACCUGAACCAGGAGAAGCUGGCGGAGAAGGCUCAGGACCUCUGGCAGUGGCUCCACCAGCUCCACGCCGAGAAGUUUGAUCUGUCCGAGAAGCUCAAGAGGCAGAAGUACGACAUCUCCGUGCUCCGAAACCGAGUCAACGACCACCAGAGGGGCUCCAAAGCGUCUAAGACCUCCCGCAGCGCCAAGGGAAAGGCAGGCUCCAGGAAGUGAGGGGCCCAAGUCACGGCAACUGGACUGCCAAGUCGUUCCUGGACUAUUUGGCCUGAAUUUACAACUUGUAUCAGAGAAGUUAUCACAGGGAUCGGGUGUAGAGUGAUGGGGAACCUCCUUUUUUCCAGGCCACCCGGGGAACUGAAGUGAGAGAAACGAAGCUAAUGAAGCCACAACAUCUUGAACGACAUUUGAGUAUCAACGUUCACUGUAUUCGUCUGCUCACAAGCUGUGAUUGAAAAAGUUUGUUUUACUUGUGUACUUAAGUAUUUUCACCUACACAUUUGUUCAUGUUUACUUCUUGUUUAUUCCUUUAUCUGAAAUGUGUGAUAAAUGGUUUUAAAAGUCUUCAUAAAAGCUGACAAAAUAUUUUUUGGUUUCCAAUAAAUCACGACUCAAACCUUUUGAAACACGUCUCUGCCUUUUGAUGCUCUGUAAUUUUUUAGAAUUUGACUGAGUGACUGGAUAAGAUCAGUGUGUCUGUUUGUGUGUGUGUGUGUGUGUGUGUGUGUGUGUGUGUGUGUGUGUGUGUGUGUGUGUGUGUGUGUGUGUGUGUGUGUGUGUGUGUGUGUGUGUGUGUGUGUGUGUGUGUCUGUGUGUGUGUGUGUGUGUGUGUGUGUGUGUGUGUGUGUGUGUGUGUGUGUGUGUUUGUGUGUUCGGGGGGGUUGUUAAAUGUUUAAAAACAGCUGUUGCACAGCUGAUUUCUUUACGCAGCUGAUUCAGUCUAUUUUCAGCUCAGGGCGAGUCACAAAGAGGAAGAAGCAUCUCACAAAAGAGUUUGAAUUCCUAAAGCUUUCAUACAACAACGACAAAGACACCAAAUCUGCGAUCUUUUAAUUUUGUGCAAUUUAAAAUGAGUAGAAUCCAGAUUUUGUUUUCAUUUAAGAAAAUUCCAGUAAUAGACAACACACAUGUGUCAUCAGCUGGAUCAACAGGUUACUGUAGCAGCUGCUUCUAUUUCUGAUUCUAAUCACCUUCUGAUUUCUUUAAUCAAAUCAGGAUUAUGUUUCAUAGGGCCACUCACUUUACAUCCACUCACUUUACAUGUGUGUCCUGAAAACAUCCUCCUCUCGGUCAAGUCAAUGUCAAAGUAUAGAGUAGUGUCACGCUUUUCCCUCUAGGUGGCACCAGAGCACCAGUUUGUGAUGUAUAACU